GUAGUAUGGAGUUUGUAGUCUGGAGUGUAUGCAGUGGAUAAGAAGUGUCACGUUUCUCUCAGAGGCAGUUGACAGACAGGAUGUGGCAUUAAAUUCUGUUUUAUUUAUUUCCAAAGUGGAACCUAUAGUUUGAUUUUAAAACUCCUCACAGAUGCAGCUCCUCUUGGAGUCCAGCCCCUUCCUUUCUAGCCCACCAGCCAGUCCCUUCCCUCAUGUUUAUUUAUUCUGAAAGAUAGGCCAUGUGACCGCAGCCAGCCAACCAGGCAGCUGCAGUGGGGGAUGACAUCACUAACUAGCUGGUUCCCUCCAGCAGCAGGGGAGCUUCAUUUUCUGCUCUGGCGUUCGUGUUAAAAUGGAGGCUGGCUCCUCGUCUUAGCCUGGGCUGAGCUUCUUCCCCCCUUUAUCCUGUCUCUGCUCACUGAUGUCGGCAUGUUCUGGGGCUGACAGUGACAUGGUUCUGGAUGCACCGGGCACCAAUGGGCCUUUUCAGCCUGUUGCCCUCAUGCAUUUUAGAGAUGUCCCCCCCGCGGAGCAGGAGAAGCUCUUCAUUCAGAAGUUGCGGCAGUGCUGCGUCCUCUUUGACUUCGUCUCCGACCCACUGAGCGACCUGAAAUGGAAGGAGGUGAAGCGGGCGGCGCUGAGCGAGAUGGUGGAGUACAUCACCCACAACAGGAACGUCAUCACCGAACCCAUUUACCCAGAGGUGGUUCAUGUGUUUGCUGUGAAUAUGUUCAGGACGUUGCCGCCGUCAUCCAACCCCACAGGAGCCGAGUUUGACCCUGAGGAAGACGAGCCUACGCUAGAGGCUGCCUGGCCGCAUUUACAGCUCGUGUAUGAGUUCUUUCUACGCUUUUUAGAGUCACCAGAUUUCCAACCAAACAUAGCCAAAAAGUAUAUCGACCAGAGGUUUGUAAUGCAGGUGAGCACCGCUGAACCAUUGCACCAUUUCUGUUUGUCGACCACUCUUCAUCGGAUCUACGGCAAGUUUCUGGGCCUGCGCGCUUACAUUAGAAAACAGAUUAACAACAUAUUUUAUAGGUUUAUUUACGAGACUGAACAUCAUAAUGGAAUAGCAGAAUUACUGGAAAUUUUAGGCAGCAUAAUCAAUGGAUUUGCCUUACCAUUAAAGGAAGAGCACAAGAUAUUCCUACUGAAGGUUUUGCUGCCUUUACACAAAGUCAAGUCACUUAGCGUUUAUCACCCACAGCUGGCAUACUGUGUGGUACAGUUCUUGGAGAAGGAUAGCACCCUCACAGAACCGACAGUGAUGGCUUUGUUAAAGUACUGGCCAAAGACCCACAGUCCUAAAGAGGUAAUGUUCCUUAAUGAGUUGGAGGAGAUUCUGGACGUCAUUGAGCCGUCAGAGUUCGUUAAGGUCAUGGAGCCCCUGUUCAGACAGUUGGCCAAGUGUGUUUCUAGCCCACAUUUUCAGGUGGCAGAGAGGGCUCUGUACUACUGGAACAACGAGUACAUCAUGAGCCUGAUCAGUGACAAUGCUGCCAAAAUCCUCCCAAUCAUGUUCCCAGCCCUCUACCGCAAUUCCAAAACCCACUGGAAUAAGACCAUCCAUGGCCUGAUCUACAACGCUCUGAAGCUCUUCAUGGAAAUGAACCAGAAGCUGUUUGACGACUGCACCCAACAAUUCAGGGCAGAGAAGAGCAAAGAAAAGGCCAAGUGGAAAGAGAGAGAAGAAGCCUGGCUAAAGAUCGAAAAUCUGGCUAAAACAAACCCUCAGUUUCUGCCAUAUGUGGACUCAACGGACUCAGGCAGUCCAAUGGACAUGGAGACAGACGGGCCGCUGCUGGACGAUGUCAACAUGCUCAAGAAAACCGUGGUGGAGGAAGCAACGCAGAUCCAGAGAGAUCAACGAAAAGAGCGUCCACUGAUGCGAAGGAAAUCAGAGCUCCCCAAGGAAAUCUCCACAGUUACAGCCCUGGAAUUGCAUCGAAGAGCGGAGGAGAUGCUGACGACGCACGACGGCCACUAAGAGACUCCCCUGGAUCUGCCGUAAACCAGCAGCAGAAGCAGCAGCAAAUGUUGUCCACACAGGAACCACAGGUCCACAAAGGCCCUGCACAGCAACACCAGUCCAGUCCAGUCCAGUCCAGUCCAGCACAACACAGAACUGAACAGUUCCACCUCUGUCUGACUAAGUUGUGUGAAGCUGCACAUCAACGAAGUUAUCGAACAAACGGUUGUUCACCCUCCUCCCCUCACUGAUCUCACACCCCUUCCCCCAUUUGUGCCUCCCACCUGGUUGUCGUCCAGCAGAGACAUGUGUGGUGCUGGACGCCCCCCACCUCCUCACCCCCACCCUUGCAUGACCACGAUACACACCUUUCACUUCACCCAAUGACUGUGUUGUCAUUAUCUCCUCUUCUCUUUCAAUGUCCUCUCCAGCUGUUGUAUUUUUGUUCGGAGUACUGUGGUGCCCCCUUCUGGUCAUUUCUCAGGUGUUCUGUGUACUGUAUGUGUGUGAAAGUGAGUGAGCUGUCUCUCUUUUUGCCUUGUUUUUUAUAAACAUCCGGUGCUCGUACGAAUAAUUUUCAUCACUUUUCCCCACAUUGAAAGCAACAAUUAUUUCGGACAGUGCACGUGAAGUACUUUUCUCAGAGUAAAACACAUCUAUAUACUAUUUGGCAUUUUCUGAUCAUUUGGUUCGUCAGGACAAUGCAUUUUAUUAGCAUUGCUUCUUGAAAUCAGACUAAGUUGGCCUGUUAGCUCCUGACUACUUUAAUAAUGUUCCUUUAAUUGAAAGAGAGAAUUAUAUUUCAAAUGUUCCUUUGUUCUGGACUGAGUUUAUUUUACGUUCGCCGUUGUUUGCUUUUCUCUGGAACUAGCAUUCUGUACAAGUCUUGAAUAUAAGCGUAGGGUUCAGAGGAUUUGUUUCCGUCGGUGUCUGUGUGCUGGUGAUGUCAUAACUGAGCAGAUGAGACAGUGCUAACGGUGAUCGUUUUUCUACUCCUCUCAAGCAAAACCCUUGUAUUUGUAGGACACUUGUUAGACACGGAGACCGAGUCAUUGUCGAGUGUUUGGUUUGAAGCGGUCAAACGUCAGCCUUUCUUUUCACAGUGCCUUCUUCUAGUCUAAGGGGAUAUUUGCUCACCUGAGAAUGGAGUGAUGGGAAAAAAUAUAAAAGCCAGGGCAUGCACACGAGGAGAAGCGCGUUAAGAAAGAUCAAGUUUGUACACAGCACACCUCUGGCUCCCUGGACUCCAGCACACGACUUGUUGAAGCUACAAUGUCCAGAUCUAAUCAGUUGCAGAGGAUAAGCAGAGUGGACCCUCCCCCGUGCCCCCGUCCCCCAAUACCACUCCAGCGUUUAAGCACUUCCUGAUAAAACUUGAAAGAAAAUAGAACCACAACUGAAAAUAAACAGUUUGAACUGACUUUUGUGAUGCUGUCUGUCUCGGUGUGUGGGGUCACCUCCUGUCGUAACGUUCCCAUUUUGUGCCCCUGCUGUUCUCAUUCCACCUUUGGAUUUUCCCAAGUGUUUGUCCUCCAUCCUUGUCACCUGACUCUCCCAUUUAAAAGUCAACUACACGCCAGUAGUACCGUUUAUUUCCACACCUGUUCAAUCUGCUCCUGGAGGCUUGCAAGGUCUUUCUGUUGUGUUCUCAGACCCUCCUUUGUUCCCAUCAGUGUUUCAGCUGAAUGUGCAAAGUUGUAAAUAAUGCUUCAGUUACACUGUUCUCUUUGUGUUAAAGAAAAACAUUCACCAAAGGCUCUGAUUUAAAAAAAAACAAAAAACAAACCUCAUCCUUCCUUGACUGCAG